UGGAGUCAAUACAGCAGCAAAUAUUUGCCUCGAGGCGAAGUUAUGACCUAUUGUGUAUUUAAACCCACCAGGACCCACCCUUUCUCCAACUUCUUGUCGCACCCUACUUCGCUUAGACUGAUCAUCAACCUCAGCUAUUCACCAUGAACGACGACAAUCAAUCGAGGGGCUCGAGGUCAGUUCCUCCUCUAGACAUCGAGACAUCCAAUGAAACAAACGCUGUUGGACGCCCGGUAGGCCGAUCUCGUGGCAAAAUAUGUCGGUUUCUGGGGAAGGUUACGAAUAGUGUAAUAAAAAAAAAUUCUCGCUCGAUCUUGAAGAAUUCACGCAACCGCGACCCUGUUCUCCCGACCGUCGACUCUCGUGAAGGUGCAUCAUCGGUUCCGAAUAACGAGGUCCAGGAUACCCCUUCAGGUGUGGAACAAUUCGCUGAUCUCCAGCCGGCAAUUCGAGACGCCGAAGAAGCUGUCAAAGGCAUAAAUCUACUGUCGGGACCGGUGACAUCUGGAGUAUCCGCCGCACAAAAUGCACCAGCGGAUCUCGAGGAUGCAUAUAAUUUCGAGGAGACAUAUCUUCGACCACUCAAGAUCUUCGACACUGUUAUUGGGACACUCACCGAUGUACGGACCACAACUCUUGAUCGGGACCAAAAUAAUCUUGUUCCAUAGGUACAUCCAUACGCAAAGAUAGCACUGGGUGUGUUGUCUGGGGCCGCAAAAAUAGUUCUUGCUCAAGCGGAUCGCGAUAAA